UGAUGGUGUUCCUUCUAAGCUCCUCCCACACGAGGUGAGCGGAUUAGAGGAGUAAGCCUGAUUAGUUUUUAGCAGACUUGUGCAAAAUGUUUUCUGGAGAGACAAACAAAAACGCAUGGAGUCUGACAUACUACUGUGAGUAAUGUAUAAUAGUUUUUUUUUCACUGACUAUACGUGAACUCUGUAUAUGUGAUAUGAUGUGCUGUAUUAUGUCUCUGCGUAUGUAUGUAUGUAUACUCAGUAAUGCGGUUUAUGAUCACGUGAUCAUGCAGUGGACUACACUGAAUAUUAUAGUGGUCUCCAACACUCUAUGAAUUGAACACUGAAUUAUAAUCUGUCUGUAGUAUAAUCCACACUAAAAUGUUGAUGUCCUCUGUCAGUCAGAUAUGCAGUUUAGAAGCAUAGUUAUAGCAUCAAGCUGUCAGAAAAAAUAUCCACACUUAUUUUACGUUUCAAAGUAUAGAGAGUAAUUGAUCGGUGGGCUGCAGCAGCACAUGCUGCUUGGAUAAAGGGCUCAAGUGUUCAGAAGGAGAACCGCGUAAUUGACUCAGACUUUUUUUUAAGGGUUAUGGGACUGAACAGAUGUACGUUGAUGGAACAAGCACUGAGAUCGCAAAUCUUCCUUCUCAGACACCUGUAAAUGUAAUUAGACUAGUGUGUGUCUGCACUGGACAGGCAGCUGCUAUCUGAAUAUGGUUAUUUUGCCAUGAAAGAGUUUAUUCUGCUAGUUGUCUCAAAAACUUUGAUCUCUUAAAGCCAUAAAUAUAAAUGCUGAAAAAUGUUUGCUUAUAUGCUGAUUCUUAAGUAUGUAAAGAAGGCUAGAGGUUUUGUUAUUUGGCUUUGUUGUAAAAUGAAGUGUGUAUAUAACCUUAAAUAAUGAUAAAAAAAAAAACCUGAUUUUAUAUUUUGCAAUAGUGUUUAGUAUUUCAUUUUCGAGCAUUCCAGGUUUUACUGGCUGGGUGUGGGUGUCAGAAAUUCAAGUAACUAAUGAAUCCCCAAUUCUUAAGGUUAAUGCCUUGCGAGACACAACAGCUGAGGUUUACAUGUAUUCCAAGGGAAUGAGUACAAAUGAUCGAGCAUCCCUGUUAUCUGCUCUCAGGUACGAGUUAAGGAGAUGUUGGUUCUCUCCCUGGUGCUCUCCUUCUCAGAUCAACAUGUUCAACCUCAUGAGCAAUUGCUGUAGCUGGGUCUCCAAACUCCAGCAACCACUGAGGAAGAUCACGGUUCUAGUAAUUGGCUUGGACAAAGCUGGAAAAACAUCUUGUGUCAGUGGGAUGUUAAGAGUGCCCCCUGGAGAUGUAGGUCCCACUCAUGGAUGUGUCCACACUGAAUUAAGGGUGGAAAACUACUUGGUUAACAUACUGGAUAUGGGAGGGGCUCCUGAGGUUCGGGGGUCCUGGAGAGAGUAUUACAGUGAAGCUCACGGCAUCGUCUUUGUGCUGGAUUCCAGUGAUAGACAACGAAUGAAAGAGGUGAAUAUUAGAAUUUUGCGUGCAAUCCAGCUUAUUUUGGCCACCUCUAUAUCUCAUAACAGGCUGGCAAAUAAACAGGACAAAAUUAAUGCUCUUCUGGGAAAUGAACUCAUUGAAAUUCUCUCCCUAGAGAGUCUGGUCAACCAGAGCCGUUCCCUUUGCCACAUUGAGCCAUGUUCUGCAUCAAUGGAUCUGCGUCGCUGGUCAGACAGAAAGACCCUGCGAGGUCUCAGAUGGCUACUACGAGCUGUGUGCCUGGACUACCCCGACCUCUGUGCCCGUGUGAUGAGAGAUGGGAGGCGACCAUUAGGGCCAGAAGAAAAAGAAAGGAGAGACAAAACAGAGAAGAGCCGGAACAAGUCUAAAGAGGAAAAAACACGUACAAGCAAAACCGAUAUACAUCAAGAACAGCAAAAUGAAAUUGUGAGGGAAAAUGGUACUCUUCAUCCAAUGAAAAAUAUUCUAAAUAAGGAGAACUCUUUAAAAAAGAAAAUAAGCAAGAAGAAGGUGAAGGUUAAAAUUAAGAAGGAGAGUCCAAGCAGAGGAGUAAAUAAACAAGAGGUUGAGGAAACCGAAGGAAAUAAAGCAGAUCAGGACCACAACAGCCAGAAAGAUAAAGCCAGCAGUGCAAUAAUUCCUCCCAAACAAAGGAUAACGAAACGCAAAGCCAAAGUAAAAGAGGAGAACUCUGGUCUACCAGAGUCCCCCAACAGUGAGGUCUCCAAACCCUCUAGAGAGGAAAUAAAGAGAAAAAAGAAGAUGGUUAAAGUGAAACGUAAGAACAAGAUAAACACAGAGGAAGUUCCAGCAGCUUAUACACAGCCUGUUGAUCUUUCAACUACUUUCGACCUUUACCGAAAAGCAAUUUUGGCUCUCAAAGCCAGACAGGAACAGGGUGUGGUUUCGUAAAGAAAAGGGAUCGUGGACGUCAUCACACAGAAUAAAGAUCUUUUGAAGAAAUGGAUGACCUAUGAACAUGCUGAAGCACUUAUUGAUGUCUCUUACAAGAACAGAAGUCUGCUCCCAAUGUCUGUGAACAGGAGUUCCUGUUGUGAUAAUUGCUAGAAUGUCGUCAUCAAUUCUUUUGCAAAGACUCAAGGCAACAUUCAUAAAAAUAUUUAUACUUUGUAUUGUAAUUGUAAUAAGAGAUUGAGAAAGAAUUCUACUUCAAAUGGUGCAUCCAUUCAAGAAGAUCUGUCCUGAAAACCAACUAGCUUUCUUAUUAAAAAUAUAU